AUGUCGUCAACCAUUGAGUACCGUGUUUCCAUGAUGCCCGAACCAUAUGAGCCUGCCCCUAUGCCCGAAGAUAUUCGUCCUGAAGACCUGGAAGCCUUUUAUGACAAGCGGGAUGCCAUGGAGAAAGCUAGGGAGGAUGCCGUGGAGGCUCAUGAGGCCUGGAAAGCACAGAAACAAAAGGAGGAAAAGAGGCAGGCUCUGGAGUUGGAACAGCGAGAGAAAAAAUUGGGGCAGGAGAGGAAGGUUGCGGAGGCCAAAGCAAGGAAGGAGAGGGAGGACCGGGAGGCCACAGAGAAGAAACGGCAAGAGGAGGCAGAGGCUAAGGCAGAGGCAGCUGCCGUGGAGCAGCGGAGGUUGGAAGAGGAGGCCAGGGCCUUGGAGGAAAGGAGGGCCAUGGAGAAGAAGAAGUUAGAAGGUGAGGCCAAGGCCAAGGCUUUGGUGGAAGCUAGCAAGGCCACGGAGGCAGAGAAGGAGAAGGAGAAGGUAGAUGGGAAUGAGGGGAGCAAGGUUGGUAGUGGGUCCGACAGAGAUGACGAGCGGGAGAAGGACCCGAAGGGGAAGGCAUUGAAAAAAUUGGUGAAGCAGAGGAAGGAUAGGAAGGGUAAGGGCAAGGUGACCGAUUCAGAGGCUGUGGACGUUUCGAGAAAGUUGGGGAAGAGGAAGUCAUGGGGCCGUCGGGAAGGCCUUUGA